AUGCAUAUUUAUGUGUAUAAGGGAGUUUCUGAGAUAUUUCUAACUUGGCGUUGGGUUCCUACAACUCCGUUAUUUACUGCAUAUUUAAACGAGUUAUUCUUUGAUCCAAAUUUUACAGUUCAUUUAACUGAAAUCUUAACCUUUCUCAUUAAGUUCAUGCACAACGAAUACGGAAGCAUGGCGAUUUUGCAGGGCAAUUUAGCAACAAUUUUGCUGCGAGCAUCCAGCAUCGGUCUAGAAUACGCGAAUUCAUCUCCUACUACCCUCUCUCUUCCAAAUUCUUUUUAUGUUCCGAAACUGAAUCUUGGAGGCCUCCGCACUGUUCUUACCUACGCUCUCUACCCACCGACCUUCUUAUUUGGACCCUUCGUCCUCUUUUCAGAUUGGUGCGCCUUGUCCCGUCUUUUCAGAUCUAAAUCUCGUGAAUUGCCUCUCCAUCAUAGAGGUUGCCUCCCUACGCGCAUCCUAUCCUACAGCAGCCUCAUGUGGCGAGGACUCCGUCUUAUGGCCUGGUUCCUUCUCUGGGAGCUGGCAGUCCAUGUAGUCUACCCAAACGCCCUUGUUUUCGCACUGACCCAACCUGCAAUGCAAGUACUGUCUCCACCUCCAAAAUCAGUGGCCAAUCAGGGCUUCCACGCAAGCCCCUUCAUCGAGACUGACCGUUCGGCUCCUGGAGUGGCGGUGUACCUCCUUGGAAUGCAGUUUUUUUUCACCUACCUUCAACUUUACGGAUGGCCUCGCCUGCUUUCAGACCUGGAAAUACUACUUACAAAUGGGGUCUGUAGUGGGGAUGGCGUUUUGUGCCUUGUCCCGGAGGGACCACUCUGUUUCAGCCACAUACUUCUCUUCUCUCAAUUGUGGAGUAGUUCAAAUGUUGAAUAUCCAAACGGACUUUGGAACACUCGGAACGACAACACAAUUUGGGUCACAAUAAACUUGGUUCAAAACUUCAUUGAGCAGUUGGUCAAAUGGAUCUACCGAUCAACAGCAAUCGGACUGGCCUUGCAAGCACGACUGUCACAAAACGCCAAUCGUCGAUUAACUGGUGUUCUCUGCAGCAUCAGCGCUAUGUUCUCCUCCGUUGGAUUCUUCUUUUUCUACCUUGGUUUUGAUUCAGGAAUUUGGAUCUUUUAUCUCAUGUUUUUGGAUCCAGUGUAUCUGCCGGUUUCAAUGAUGCUAUACUACUGCACCUAUCAGAUAGCAAUCGAGGUCCAGAAAUUCUCCAAAAUUGAAGUCAAAUAA